CUUUGUUGACAAUAAUGACAGUUCUUGUAACUAAGGUUAUGUAAAUAACAUUAAUGUUUGAGAAGUUAAUUAAUGAUAGAUUAUAUCGAAGAGUUACUCGUCAAUCUGAUUAAAUUAUCAUGUUACAAAAGCGGUAUUAGUGUUAAUGACUCUACAGAUAAAGUAUUUACGAGACUCGCGAAUGAGUAUGUGAUAAUAAACAGUCGGAUUUGUGAAAUCUGAGAAUUUAAUGUGAUUUUAAAAAAUGGAUGAUCCUGAGCAGAGUCCACUAGAAAACGACGAAUUGAGUGAAUAUGAUAUUUAUUCAAAAACUCCUCCAAGAACGAAGAUCUUAAGAAAAAAUCGGGAGCGAAAAAACAGAGACAGGCAAGCGAGUACCCCGGUUACCAUUGUAAAAGCCAAGGCACCGAUAGUACGUAGAAACACUACAGGAGCUUUUUACGAUGACAUUUUUUCAAAAGACGAGAACACCGAUGAUGAAUUUUUAGGUAAUAAACGUGUCAACAAACGACAGAUGAAGCUCCUCAGAGGGUCCGAACGGGACCUUAAACUAGACAUUGCCCGUGCUCAAGCUGCUAGCGCAGAAUUCUACAACAAAGAUGACUCCACCAACGAUUUCCCACCAAAGACUCCAAGUUACCAGAUUGAGAGUACUAACAGGUUUAUGAGCUUGGUGGGUAGAACAUUUCCUUGUAAGAAGAUCUGCCCUCUUAAAAGAGUCAUUGGAAAAAAGGUCGACGAAAAGAAAAAGGAAGAUGAUCAAAAGAAAUUUGAAGCUUUGAAAUUGUUAGGAUAUGAUAAAAGGGUAGAGUUUUAUCAUAUCAUGAAAUCUUUGAUCAAAAUGGGAGAAAAGGCUGUGUUGUCAGAUAACGCAAAGAGAUUGAUGACUAGGGAGGAGACAUUGUGGCAAAACGAAUUGAAAGACUUGAUUUGGUUAGAACUACAAGCAUACCACGCAGACAGAACUCCUAUGGAAGAAGAUACCUACCUAUGUUUAGCUAGAGAAUGUGUAGAACCUCUUUUAAAAGAUAUUAUGAAUUAUAGAUUUCACAGACCAUCCAGAAAGGAUGCAAGUUGCAAUAGUGAUAGUGGAGUAGAAGAAGACUGCCCGGGUUGUGCUUCCAUUCUGUGUUAUUCUUGCAUGGAAGCUCAAAAUGAAGCUCUCAAAGAGGUAGAAAAGUUACUAAAAAGAUUAGAAGAUGCAGAAAGUUUAUUUCCUUCCUCGAAUGCUUUUGCAGAACUAUACCCUUUAUACAGAUCUCCUGAAAUUGUAGGAAGAGUUCGAGUAAUGUGUCAGUGGUAUAACGUAACGAAACAUCAAAGGUUAAAAUUAAAUUUGUUAGGCAGAUUAGUAGUUCUUUUAGAAUCCAAGCAUUCCGACUGGCCGUGUUUCGCUGUUGGCGAAGAAAAUGGAUCAGUGAGUCCGUCGGAUAGUAACAAUAGCACCAGUUCUUCAGGAAGUAACACUGAACCAUGUAGUGAUAUGUACAAUAUAACGCCUGUUACUAUUUUCCUUGCUCAGAGAGAUAGUACUAAGGUGUCUCCUUACCGAAGAUACAUUGAAAACAUUCUAAAGACUAGAGCGCUAGAUAAAAGUUUAAAUUUCUUAGAAAAAAUACAUAAAAGGGUAUUACAGAAAACCAAAAAGACUUUGGAACUACCAGAAGAUCAAAGCAUUUUUUCGAAGUUGAAAGUUUUUGAUGACGAGGAGCUCUGUAGGUAUGGAUGUUGGAGUCCAGAAUACGCCGCUCUAGAUCUACCCUCUUACCGAGGUUUGUUCAUUUUCUUGGCUACAGUACCCUUGGACGUUUACCACGAGUAUCUAUUAAUGAGACUGGAGCAAAAACCAACCAAUCCUUCAGCUUUAAGUACCAGACAAUUAAUGAGGGAGUUGAAGCAAGGUCUAAAGAAGGCAAUGCGUGAGCGAGAUUUGGCUUGUCAUUAUAUUGAAUCGGCGACAGCAGGUACUUUAAUAACAUGUCCCGAUUUCAAAGAGAAGCUCUUAAAAUUCGAAGACUGCAUCCAAAAGGUCUUCAUCGACUACUUGCACUACUUAAAACAGUGGAUGAUCAUCCAAACGAAUUUCCAGAAGACGAUGUUGGAGGACGAAUACGCAUUCGCGAUGAAUCUUUGCGAAAUCUUCCCACAUCUGAAGCGAACGGUGGGAUCGGAAUAUACGUGUAUUUUGGGCACCAUUCUAGCGAAAACGGGUGAAAGAAUGAUUUUUAGGAUAAACAGUGCCUUGGAAUUGUUAUCUCAAAAAGACGUUGAUGUCAAGCAAAACUUAUUUAGCGUGUGCAGGCAGUUACAGUCAGUAUUUAUCGAAGAAAAAGAAACAAGUAUUAAGACGAUUUCGUUCCUAAGGAUGCAUUUAAGGAGGGACAUUGUAACUCAUGAAUGUAUACUAUACAUGAAAGAGCGAAAAGAAGUUCUGGUUAUACAGGAACGUAAUGAAGUUCUGGAUGAUGCUAUAACUAUAUUCCAAUCUAUAAUUCCUAAUGGUGUGCAGAAUAUACAUUCAUUAUUUGAUACUGUGAGUUCGGCUAACUUGGAUGAAGUAGACAAAAAUGCUUUAAAUUCCAGGAUAAGGGAAUUGUUGAUGAGAGUAUUUACUUUUGGAUUUGAGUUUUACAAAGAACUGAACGAUCUUUCCGCCGAAGAAUAUCGUCCCUCCUUAGUUGUCCAGAUGGGACAUUUUGCGGAUCUAUGGAUGAAGUUUGUGACUGAGCGCUGUGAUAAAGGUAGGGGAAUUAGACCAAAGUGGGCUUUUCAAGGAAUGGAUUAUCUGUUGUCAAUAAUUGAGCCGAUUAAUUCGAUAUUGUUGACGGAAGAACAGUUUGAAGAGUUGAAGAUUAGUAUGGAUAGCUGCAUAUCACAUCUUGUAGGGAAACCGUACGCAAAUUGUUCCUUAAAUGCAAUACUUUGUGGUGCAUUAGGCAUAUCAGCUCCUUCCACCCCGGACAGUGGAUUUCAUUCAGCUUCUCCGAGAAACAGUUUGGAGCAGAUGAGGGUCCGAUCAAGAGGGUCGUCGCCGAGUCCUAGACCUACGUACAAGAGCCAACGUUCUGGACAAGGGAGCAGGAAGGUCAGCGUGGAACAGCAAUCUCCAGGCGUCGAUGGUGUUGAUAGUACUCCCAUUAGUUCACCGAUUUUAGCAAAUGAAAAUGCAAGGAAAGACGACGACAGGAAUGGCAGCGCAGCGUCGUCCAUCAGAAUAGAGUUUAGUUCAAAUUCUCACGCCGAGAAAUUCCGCGAAGCUAUUGCAGCGCUCGAAGCUGAGUUGGACCAAAAUCUCGCCGAACAGAAUCUCAUAGGCAAAGUUCUGGAGGAUACUACGUCCAACAAGAGUUCGAUAAUGCGACGAAACGUCAGUUUUUCAUGGCAGCGCGGUAUCAAAGUCGGUCAAGGCCGAUUCGGCAAAGUGUAUACGGCAGUUAACAACAACACCGGUGAUUUAAUGGCCGUGAAGGAAAUAGCUUUGCAGCACAAUGAUCCGGGUACGCUGAGGAAGAUAGCUGAAGAAAUGAAGAUCCUAGAAGGGAUUGCCCAUAAUAAUUUGGUGAAAUCAUACGGUGUUGAAGUUCACAAGGAUGAAAUGUUAAUUUUCAUGGAAUAUUGUUCGGAAGGAACAUUAGAAUGUCUCGUAGCAGAUACUGAAGGGGGCCUUCCUGAGUUACAAGCUAGGAAAUAUACCUUCCAACUACUUUCAGGUGUAGCUUGUUUACAUGACCACAGUAUAGUUCAUAGGGAUAUAAAGACAGCUAAUAUUUUCUUGACUGAAGGUGGCAACUGCUUAAAAAUUGGAGAUUUCGGCUGUGCUGCUAAGAUUAAAUCUAACGUGACAAUGCCAGGAGAAUUGAAAGGCUUUGUUGGAACUCAAGCUUACAUGGCCCCUGAAGUGUUUACGAAGAACAUGUCUGAAGGGCAUGGUAGAGCAGCUGAUAUUUGGUCUGUAGGAUGUGUUGUUAUCGAGAUGGUAUCUGGCCAGCGGCCUUGGGCUCAAUUCGACUCCAACGUUCAAAUAAUGUUCAGAGUGGGCAUGGGCCAAAGCCCGGAUCCUCCUGACGACAUGACAGAUGAAGGCUUGGACUUCCUCGAUCUGUGCUUCAAACACAACCCUCGAGAACGAGCUACAGCUAGACAACUGCUCGUUCACGAUUACGUUCAACUCAAAUUGAGUUUGGAAGACUAACAAGUAUUGAGUCUGAAUAUUGCUUGAAUUCUGUGAAUUUUGGUCUCAGAUUUAAAACGAGAAGGCUAUUUUGAGCAAACUGUGGAUCGUACCUAGGCAAUUUAAUGAAGUAAUGAUGAAAUGUUCCAAGAUAAUUGCUCACAGUCGAUAUGCAAACAGUAAGCCAAGCCGCACACCAAAGAAACAUGAAACGAAAAACAUGAAACAUGAAACGAAAAACAUGUUUCAUGAACCUAAAACACUGCUAAACAAAUCUCAAAGUCCGCCUACCAAUGAAACGAGUGUGAUUCAUGCUCAUGGCACAUUUUUAUUUUCGGAGAGUUUCAUAAAUGGGCGGACGUUUAUUUGUUUAGCACUGUUUUAUUUCCAUGAAACGUAAUUUACGUUUCAUGUUUCUUUGGUGUGCGGCUGGGCUAAAGAUUGACUAAACUUGAAAAGUAGGUACUAUGUUACCAAUAAUGAGGUUAAGAAUGUAUAGUGUAGGAAACAGAGGUUGAACAUCGCAAAAUUGACACAAGUCCGGUUUUAUUUUUUUCUGGUGUAUCGAGGGGUAUAUCAAACCCUGCGGCAAUUAAUCACAAAUAAGUGGCUGAUUUUUUGGUAUAGGUUUCAUUUAAGGGCAAUUGCAAAUUUUUUAAUUACAGGGUGUUACAUUUUAAAACAAUCCUUUAUUUUCCAUAAGUACGUUAUCAAUAAAAUGAAUAGGUGACGAAAAAAAAAAUAAAAACUGGAGCCCGCCAAAGCAUUUCUGAGGUUUACGGCGCCUCUGUGCCGUAACGGUUGAGUAUACGAAAAAAAUGCAUACGACCUUAUUUGUAGAAAAAAUAGUGGUCUUUAAUUCUGUAUAAGUUUUGUUUUAAAAAAAUGCAUAAGUAAUGAGAAAAUCAUAAAAACAUGCUCUCCAAGGGAUAGGGGUAGUUUCUGCAGUUUAUUUUCAAGGAUAGGGGUAGUUUCCGCAGGGAUGUUGCAUUAAUCAUAAUAUGUAUUUAUGAAAAACCCAAUUGAUGGAGCAUUUGUCCAUAUGGGUCAAAAAGCAAAAAAAAAAUUUCAAUCCUCCCUUAAUUUAUUCUUUUUGCUACAGGGGUUGCACCAAGAAAUCGCUUUUAGUGUCCAUGCAUGGGUAAUAAAAACGUGGACAAAAUGAUAUAUGAAGCAUUUUAAUAAAGGGUAUUGUGUGUGAAGGAUUCCAAGAAAAUCACUUUCUUUAUUAAUUCUCCCUUUUUUUGAGGUGGUUCAGUAUGAGGGUGCAUUACAGAAAUUUGUAAAUGACACCAGUACGUUUUUCAGUACAUCGCUAAAAGUUUUUUUACUCUAGCAUAUGUGGUUCAGAUGGUAUAAAAAUGGGUUUUUUUAAAAUGUAACAACCUGUAAUUAAAACAUUUGCAAUUGCCCUUAAAUUAAACCUAUACCAAAAAAUUAGCCACUUAUUUGUGAUUAAUUUCCGCAGGGUUUUUUCUUAAUUUUUAUUACAGUUAGGGAAAAAUAUUUUUUUUUAACAUCUUUUUUAAAAAUUUGUCAACUUUGGGGCGCCAUCCCCGCUAAACGGUGGGUGAUAGACAUAUGCUGUCGGGAAAUAAAUAGCAGAAAAUAUAGUCCUCUUCAUUUUACUGUUAAAUAAUUUUUCUGCAAAACGUAUAGGAAGGGCUAUGUUUCGAAAAAAAACAUAAAUUACCCCCUUUAAAGGGAUGAAAAGGGGGAAAAGGGCGAAAUUUUUUAAGAAAAAAGUUAGUCUCAUAAUAAGCACCUCUUGAUAUACCAGAAAAAAAAAAUAAAACCGGACUUGUGUCCAUUUUGCGAGGUUACAUCUGUGUUUCCUACACUAGUAUGGAUCAUACAAAAUCAAAUCUGAUGUAUAUAAUUUUAUAUCAUAUACAGUGCGUCCAUAAAGUAACGCAUAAAUUCAUUAUUUCGUAAACCGAUGACUUUAAGGAAAAAUCCCGAAACAGGUCGAUUUUUAUUUUUCAAUUCCGAUUUUUUGGCAUAUAUAUCAUACUAGUGACGUCAUCCAUCUGAGUGUGAUGACGUAAUUGAUGAUUUUUUUAAAUGAGAAUAGGGGUCAUGUGAUAGCUCAUUUGAAAGGGUAUUCAAUUCUCUAUUCACUAAUAUAAACAUUAACAUACAGGGUGUUCAAAAAACAUUUUUUUAAUUAAAAUAAUUGAGACAAAAAGAAGAAUGUAUGUAAUUUAUUUAAUUCAAAAUACAUUUUCCUACUGCCAGAAAACAGAAAGAAAUUUUAUUUGACAAAUAAACAUUGAUUUUCGCUUAAUCGAAAUGUUCAAGUUGCCAAGAGGCAAGUGGGUGGCAGCUUUAACAUUGAAUUUAAGCAAAAAACACUAUUUAUUGGACAAAUAAAUAUUUGUUUCCUAUUUUCUGGCAACAGUAAAACGUAUUUUGAAAUAAAUAAAUUACAUACAUUCUUCUGUUUGUCUGAAUUAUUUUAAUUAAAAAAAUGCUUUUUUGAACACCUUGUAUAAAUAAUUAUGUUAAUGUUUAUAUUAGUGAAUAGAGAAUUAAAAACUCUUUCAAAUGAGCUAUCACAUGACCCCUAUUCUCAUUUAAAAAAAUCAUCGAUUACGUCAUCACACCCAGAUGGAUGACGUCACUAGUAUGAUAUAUAUGCCAAAAAAUCGGAAUUUAAAAAUAAGAAUCGACCUGUUUCGGGAGUUUUCCUUAAACUCGUUGGUUUACGAAAUAAUGAAUUUAUGCGUUACUUUAUGGACGCACUGUAGACAAACAUGUACAUUACAUGCGAAUUUUUUAUUUAAUUUUUUUAAUAUUUUAAUUAAUUUUUAUAAUAUAAAAUUACUUGUAAACAUAUUUUUGAUAUAAAUAUUUUCAGUCUUUGAGAAUAUAUCUUUGUAUAUUAAAACUGAGUAAAUAAUUAUUGAUCUACAAUCUUUUGAACUGGUUUAUGUGAAAGAGUUUUCGUAGCUUAGAAUCAUUGAUUUCUUUUUCAUUCGGAACAAAAGUGAACAGAAAGUGAUAUAUCCAGAUGUUAAAUGUGAGUCCCCUGAUUUUAUGUUACAUUUCAAUUUAUGCACAAUUUAAUUAUGUUAAAACGGUACACUUUGUGUGUUAAUCCAGGAUGUGGAUGAAAAAUUAAUAUGUGAAAAUUUAAUUUAAAGAUUUUACAUCAUGUGGUAAAAUUAGGGUUUCAUUAUGUUAAUUAUUCACUUAUGAUACUUUUCUAAAAAGAAAUUACAAAAUUAACCAACAAAAUAGUAGAUGUUUAACUUUUUUUUCUGGCCUUAGUUUAGAACGGCGAUACUCAACCUUUUUCUUUUUCUUUUUAUUUUAAAUAUAUACCUUUUAUAAAGGAUUUUACCAUUUUUUUGUAUAACAUGGUAUACAGCCAACUACAGGAAAACUUUUUCCUUGUGGACUUUUUCUUUCCUGGGCCACAUAGUAGCUAUUGCCAUAGCUUGCGGGCCGCAAUCAAGAUGAAGUAGUACACAGGGUGUUUCAUUGGGAAACGGAAAUACUUGAAUGCUGAAUAGAGGUAAAUGAAGCCGUUCUAGACAUACUAAAUUUAUUGCUCCACCCACUUUAUAACCGAGUUACAGGGUGUUUUAUCAAUUUUGCCCAUUUCUUUCUGGACCCAUAACUUUAGAACCACCUUGUAUAUUUUUUUGAUAUUUGGUACACAUAUGUCACGUUUAGAACCCAAACCACCCAACUACUAAUCACAAGAAAAAUCCAGGUCCAAUUAAACAAAAUUAUAAAUCCAUUGUGACCUUGAAACAACAUCCUGUAUAUUGAAAUUUUCAAAACCCGUUUGCAUAUAUUUGAAAAGAGCUUUAAUAGAGCUUCUAUUUUUUGCGCAGACAAUUCAAUGACUUUAAUUUUGAAAUUAUGUCGAAAUUUUUAAGAACUCGUACUUUCAAAACAAAAAUUUCGAUAAUAUUAUUUCAAAAUUAAUGUCAUUAAAUUGUCUGCGCAAAAAAUUGAAGCAAUUAAAUUUAGUUUUUAUGCUCUUUUUAAAUGUGCAGACGAAUUUUGAAAAUUCUAAAAUACAGGGUGUUUUUUUUAAUUUGUUUUUGUUAAUCCGGACCUAAUUUUUCUUAUGAUUAUUAAAUGGGUCGUUGCAUUGUAGUAAAUAAGUAUUGAUUAUUUUUAAAAUGAGUAUUUGCUCAUUAACUUUAAUAAUUUAUUAUUAAAAGUUAAUAAUACCUUGCUUUUUAAUCAGAGUUCUUAAAAAUUUCAAUAUAAUUUAAAAUUAAAGUAAAAAUUGUCUGCCUCACUCCCAAACACGCCUCAAACACAUCAGCACACUAUCAAAUAAUUAGAGAAAACACGUGAAAUUUGACAAAUAAUUUGAUCACAGGGAUCUUUAGUUAGCCUUCGGGCCGCAUAAAAAACGCUAGUGGGCCACAUGCGGGCCUCAGGUUGAGUAUCACUGGUUUAGAAGCUUAAUUGUUUAACUUUAUCUAUUAUUUAUAUAAAAAAAACAAUGGAAAACUAAUCAUAUAGGAUUUCAAAUUUACCGCUUACUAGGUAUAACCUAUGACUCAAAAUAUUUUUUGAUAUUUUCAUUAUUUUAUACCAGCAUCGUCUUUCGUAGAUGUAAUUUUAUACAUACUAAACAAUAUUUUAUCAAUUUUAAAAUUUGACUGUUCACUGCCUAUAUCUCUUAUGAUGUAAGCUGAAUAAUAGAUUUUUAUCAGCUUUUUUCAACACUAUAUUACAGUUAUAAUUUGAUACAUUUAAAUUCUAAGUUAAAUAGUGGCUGAAUCUGCUAAAUUUGUAUAAUAUGAUAUACUUUUUGUUGUUCACAUCUGUUCUCAAACUAAAUGCAAAUAUUUUAAAGAGAAAAUGAACAAUAUCUUUUAUUGUAAAAGUCUAUACAAUCUUCUUCUUCUUGCAAUACCGUCUCCUAUCGGAGGUUGGCUACCAUCACAGCAAUCUUAACUUUGUUGGCUGCAGCUCUGAACAACUGUAUUGAACUGCACCCAUACCACUCCCUUAAAUUUCGCAACCAGGAAAUCCCACAUUUCUCUUUACUUGGAUUAUGAGUCUUAGCAGAGAGUACUUUUCUCCUCUCAUUAUGUGGCCUAGAUAGUCUCCUUUUCAUGAACAUUUUUCAGUGCGUCACAAAUUAUAGAAAAAAAGGUAAGUCCGUGAUAAUACACAUUUAUGACAUUUAUUCUAACGUGACAUUUUUGUUAAAUCUGACAGUUGUCAAAUUUUAUUUUCAAUUUGGAAUAAAACCAAAUCAAUUGUGUCUAUUGCAUUUAUAAAAUGGUAUUUUCUUUCAUUUGUAUAGUCUUAUAAAUUGUACAGAUUAUAUUGAUAAUAUUAUUAUUUUAUUUAAUAAAUAAUUCUUUUUUGAUUAUGGCGCCAUCUAUCGACAACUAGAAUACUCACCGAACUAGAAUAAUUACCAAAGUAUUCAAAGACGUGCCUUUUUUUCUGUCACAUACAAUUUAAUGCGUUAGAGAGAAAUCGAAAAACUGUGACGCACUGAAAGAUGAUCAUGAAAAAAAGAAUAUUCCAGUUUUUUCGUUUGUAUGGUUUUUAUGACUUCGCAUUCCUUCCCCAUCUUCAGCAAAACAUCUUGAUUUGUUACUCUUUCUGUCCAUGGUAUUUUCCACAUUCUCCUGUAACACCACAUCUCGAAUGCCUCAAUGUUUUUUAUGUUUAUCUUUUUCAGUGUCUAAGCUUCCAUGCCGUACAGCAGAACGGAGAAAACAUACCAACAUUCUCGUUCUUAAGUUUAUAUUUAUGUCCCGGCUGCAUAGGAACUUUUUCAUUUUGACAAACGAUUGUCUCUCUAUCUCUAUUCGCCUCUUGAUUUCUCUUGUCUGGUCAUUAGUAUCAGUGAACCAAACCCCUAAAUAUUUGUAGGACGUAACUCUUUCUACUGGCUGAUUAUUUAUGGUUAAAUUCACAUUGGUGUAUAGCUUCUUUGUUACAAUCAUGAAUUUAGUCUUUUUGAUGUUCAGUUUAGACCAUACUUAUUGGUAUGAGAGUUUAUGUUUUCCAUCAAAUACUGUAAAUUUGCUAGGUUAUCUGUUACUAUUAGCGUGUCAUCAGCGUAUCGUAUAUUGUUAAUUAUCUCUCCGUUAAUGUUCAUACCAAUGUUUUGCUCUAGGAGCGCUUCCUGACAUAUUGUUUCGCUAUAUAUAUAUAUUGAAUAGUAGUGGAGAAAGCACACAACCCUGACGCACACCUCGACGAAUCUCAAUUUCUUCGGUUAACUCAUUAUCAACCUUGAUUUUUGCUGUUUGUCCCCAGUACAACCUGGAUAUGGUGUUAAUGUCGCGACUGUCGCGAUGUUUUUUCUUCGUAGGAUUUCAUACAGCUUUUGGUGUCUGACUUUAUAGAAGGCCUUCUCAAAAUCUAUGAAACCUACGUAGAGGUUUUGGUUUACAUCCAAACAUCUUUGCAUUAACACACUCAGACCAAACAAAGCUUCCCGUGUUCCCAGUCCACUUCUGAAUCCAAACUGUGUGGCGUUUAUGUCCUCUUCUAAUUUAUUAAAUAUUCUUUUGUAAAUUAUUUUUAAAAUACUUUUAGUGUGUGGCUCAUCAAUGCUAUAGUUCUGUGGUCUGAACACUCUGUCGUUAUUCGUCUUCGGGAAUGUGACAAAAGUAGAGGAGAGCCAUUUCUUUGGUAUGAUGCCUGUUCUAUAAAUUGUGUUAAAGAGGUUCACCAUUAUUUCAAGUGUGUCGUCGUUACCCCCCUUAAUGUUCCUUACAAUAUUUGUUUUUAAUUAAUUUAUAUCCAAAGUGGAAAAUAUAAUUUUAGUAACUAUUGCCCCAUAUACAUUUAUUAGUAUGUUGGAUAUUAUUUGAUAUAUCAUUUUUCUUUAAUUUUCUGUUCCUUAUUUAUCUAUGUGUUGUGGUUUUGUAAAUUUUGAAUAAACUUGUUUAAAUUUCGUUCCUUAAAUGACUUCAAACAUCAGUGAUAAUUUUUUUUAUCCUUUCAACAUUGUUAAAGAUACUAUAACGCGUCAACUUGGAAUAGCUGUAAAUACAAGAUCGAGUUGACAGACCUAUGUGAACCGUACCAUAAAAAUAAAAGAUAUGAAUCUAUAGGGUUACCUGAAAGUCCUUUUACAAUAAUGAAUUGUUUUUGUUAUAAAAAAAUAUAAAAACCUUAUCUUGUAAAAGGUAUAUUUAAAAUCCCUAAAAAGGGCUGUAUCACAACAAAACGUUUUCGGAAUCAAUAUUCCAUCAUCAGUGUUAUCAUAGGUUCACAUGCUUUAAGCCACCAAAAUGUACGGGUAAAAACUCUUAAAUUGACAUUAAACAGUUGGGGUUACAUUAUAUAAUCUGAUUUUAAAGGAUGUUAAAAAUAUUUCUAGAUUAAACCCUGGCAUCACAUGGCAUCAACCAUAUUGGUUGGGAAAUUGUAGGUAUAACCUUGCAUGGCAGAGUUUAGGUGACAACUGGUUGAUGUCAUGUGAUGUACAACCAAUAUGGUUGAUGUCAUGUGAUGCCAGGGGUUAAUCUGGAAAUAUUUUUAACAUCCUUUAAAAUCAGAUUAUAUAAUGUAACCCCAACUGUUUAAUAUCAAUUUAAGGGUUUUUACCCGUAUAUUUUGGUGGCUUUUGGUUUGGGUUGUAAACCUGUAAUAACACUGAUGAUGGAAUAUUGAUUUCGAAAACGUUUUGUUGUGAUAUAGCCCUUUUUAGGGAUAUUAAAUAUACCUUUUACAAGAUAAGGUUUUUAUUUUUUGUGAUUUAUGGUAUACAGCCAGUACAGGAAUUUUUUCCUUGUGAUGUUUUUGUUAUACUACACAGGAAAAAAAUAGUAAGACCAUUAUGUUUGUAAAUUAUUUAUUUAUCCAAAACAUCGGCAUGCAUACCUCCAUUGUCGCAACACAACUUGAUACGACGCCAUGUUCGUAUGUUCAUCCGUCUCAGCAUGUCAGGAGUUACUGAUGUAAAAGAUUGGCGAACUCCGUUUCGCAAGUCCUCAUUUGAAACAUAUCUGCUUUUUCUAAUUUCCUCUCUUAAAUAAAACACCGCAGUGCAUUUUCCGGAGUUGUCAAAUCUGGACUUCUUGGAGGCCAAGGUAUUGGUAUAGGACGUUUUGUAGAACCUCGUCCAAUCCAUCGGUCCGGGAAGCUCGAUCUUUUUGAAAAUAAACUGUCAGCAGUUUCCUGGGCUCUCAAUCACAGAUCACCUACCUCCUCUAGAUGUUCCACCAUAACGCUUUGGUUAAAUAUGAAAAACAGCGCUCCAAGCCGCCUAUAUCGGAACUAAUCCAAGCGGGAAUUUCAAAAUGUAAUUUUGGUAGGAAGAAAAUGUUAGAAAAUAUUUUUGUAUACAGUAGAACCCCGAUUAUCCGUGCUCCUCGGGACCGAAGGGCGGCACGGAUAAUUGAAAAGCACGGAUAAUCCGAACAUGCAUUUCUUAUGUAUAAUACAUAUGUACGUAUACACAUACAUAUGUACCUACCAUAAAAGAUAACAUAAAAAAAUAAAUCUUUCAUUAUGAGUCUCUCUUUCGUCAUAUAGAGUUUCCGUCAAGGCGUCAAGUGAUUUACGAUGACGCUAUUUUGAUAAAACCUCAAAAAUGCAAAUUGAGUAAUAGAAAAUCAUAGCACGGAUAAUCCGCACCCGGAUAAUCGGGGUUCUACUGUAGUUAAAAAAAAAUUGCUUUUAAAAUAUGCAAAUUAUUUUUAAUUUCAAAUAUACAAAAUAAGACAUGGCAACGUAUUUUUAUUUAUUUAUUUAAUACCAGCAAAACCACUUUGUAUACAUUUUUUUACAAAUCGUAUCUUUACAAAUGAAAUUAUUAAUAGUUUUCUUCCAAAUACUUCUAUAAAAGGGUAUCUCAAAUAAUUGAAACAUGUGUGCAUCUCUACUUGUUGAAGGACUUUCAACUAAAACAAAAAAUUAAUAUAAUAGUUUAUGCCAUGAUUCAUUUCACGUAAAAUAAUUUUUAUUAAUUAUAAUAUAUUUUCAGUAGAGUAGGGGUUACUUACUUGGUGUUACAUUAAUUUGCUUCCAUACACUACUGACUGUCUUACUUGUUCUCUAAUAACAAAAUACUUGUUGAACUCACCAUGCAAAUGUAAGCUAGGAAUAGGGCUUUUCAUCGAUUGUCAUUUGUUUCGAGCUUCUGUCAUAUGUUGUAUAAUCUGUGUAUAAUGUUAAUAUACACAGAUUAUACGACAUAUGACAGAAGCUCGAAACAAAUGACUGUGAAUGAAAAGCACUAUUGCUUUUGGAUAUAAUAUAUGACUUCAUGGUACAAUGCAAACUGAUCUUCAAAUCACAUUCAUUUUGUUUCAAAAACUGUAAUUGAAUCCAUUUUAUCUAAAUCAGGAUUGUUUAUUAUUGCUAACAAUCAGAUAAACAUUACUGACAUAAAGACUUACUGACAAUGAUGACAAUUGACAAAUUAUAAUGACAGUCAGACUCAGUGAUAUAGAAGAAAUCUUCACUCCAGUGCAUAGCGACAUCUGAAAAAAUGAAUCGGUACUCCAAAUGACAUUUAGUUUAGGAUGACCUUGAGAUACCGCGUGAAAUAUCUAUGUCAAUUUCACGCUUCAAAAACUCAUAAUAACUUAGAAAUACAAAUUUAAAGUCUUCGGUAUCUUAAAAUAGGUCAAACGGCCCGUGACGUCACUCAGUUUAACUCAUAGAGGUAUAUAUUAACAUAGAGGGAGCCUUCCUUCCGCGCUUCCUGACGACAAGAUCUCAUGGACUGGUUUGCCGCAUCUCUUUCUAACACAUUGUAUCGAAAAUCUAUGAUGACAUUCAGUGUGAAGAUAGGCACGGAAGAGGAGGACAACUGUAGCAGUUUUAAUAUGCAUAAGAGUGAAACAGCACUAAUCCAAAUAAAAAAGAUGGUGUCGUCACUUCGCUCUGAAUGACACUCUCUCUAUGCUAAUAUAUAACUCUAUGGUUUAACUAUAUGGUUCCGUUUAUGGUUAUAAUUAGGUAUAUUCUUCUUCUUCUUCUUUAGUUUAUUGGCCUCCACCUAUUUUGGUAUACAUCGUCGCGAAAUAAAUGAAAAAUAUUUAUAUUCUAUUAACAUUUAUCGUAUGUCAUUGUAAUAAUAUAUACCAGUUUGUUGACAUUGGAGUUUGAUAUAGUUAUUGAAGGAAAGGAAAGAAGGUUUACUACGGAAAAUAAAACCAUUUUGUAAAAGUACAGUUUUCUAUGAAUAGUUCAAGCGAUCAAAACACUUGUAACGUCAAAUAAAUGUAUUUUCUACUGACGUUUAUAACGUCUAAUUUAAAAUUCUGUUUACUUUGUUGGAAAAAUGUAAAUGUACAAACGAAUGACGUCACGACGCGUUUUAGGCCACCUGUUUUAAUUUGAAUUUUUAAUCGCCUUUGGGGGCCAAACGAAAGACCUACAAAAAUUUUUUAUCUUUGAUACAUGUUUUAAGUUAUGUUCUGUUGUGAUUUAUAACAUUUUUUUCGAAUUUAAAAAUUUAUGCAAGUUCCCUAUUGCGGGUGAUGCGCCGGAACGCCAACAAAUAUUGGCGCGGUGUUAAAACAAUAUUAUUAUAACUGUAAAGGAACUUUCCGGUAACCCGGUCCUAGCGCCAUCUCUUAUCAAACGACAAAACCUAUUGAGCAACCUGUUAUUUUGAUUAAACAUUAACUUUUACCGAUUUUAAGAUUUUAUGUUUUAAAAUGAACAUCAGAUUUUAUUUUGUGUGACUUGUAAAUAUUGAAAUGUUUAGGACAAACUGUUUGUAUAUUUUUGUAUACCUUGAUGAUGAAUUUAAAAAUGUAUUUUGUUGUACAAAAUUUAAAUUUUAUUAGUAUGAGAUUUUAGCUUAAUUUAUACGUGCAUUGACUUUGGUAGCUUAAGUAAACAUAAUAAAUUGUUUAUUCGAAAUAUUGCAGAAGUUGAAAAGAAUAUUAAAUACUUUUGUGAUUAUAGUUUUAAUACCAAGAAAUCAUUAAGAAGUAAAAAUAAUAAAUGAUGAUACCAAAACAAUAGCACACUUUUUAUUUUACCCAACCUCUCUUUCCUAACCUAACCUACCUUAACUUUCCUUAUUUUUGUUUUAUUUAUAUACAAUGUUUACAUCACGCAGACACACUAGAUUUAUUCCUAAAGUAUAUACACUCACCGGCACAAAAUUCCGCCACUAAAAAUUUUUGAUUAAGUUUGACAAUUUAUAACUUUAUUAUUUGUACUCCAAUUUUCAAGAUUCUUGCAUCAGUUUGGAGGUACAUGUAUUGAUAUCGUGUGUUAAUAUUCCGGUAACAAAAAUUUUUUUCCUGGAUAGUAAUAUACGAGGGCGAAGGGAAACGUUGUAUUUUCUCCUAAUUUAAAAAAUUCUUUGGAAAAGUUGAAGGGCUCAUUUUGUUUCAUACUCCUUUCGUAUUAUCUCGGAGGCAUCCCUAAGAUUAUGUUUGUUGAAUUAUCCGAAUAUCUUUUUCCUUGUAAAAGCUGUAAAUAAAAACACUGCUUUGAAGGUUUAUUUAAUCAAAAAUAUCAAACGCACUGUGUCCACCUCUCGCAGCAACGACUGCUCGCAAUCUGUUUGGCAUCGAAUAAAUGCCUGGGGAAUAGUCGGAUAUUCCUCUACCAGAGCCAUGACUGUACCAAAUUUUCUGGAGGUCUAGGAUGACGGUGAAUAUCUAGUUUCAAUUCAUCCCAUAAACGCUCAAUACGAUUGAGAUCUGGGCUGCAUGUGGGCCAUUCUAAUCUUAUCAAUCUAACCUCUAUUUAAGAUAUUUAUGUUUAUGAGUCAAUCAAUGCUUUUAUUUACAAAAAAUUGUGCGGAUCUUACACGAAAAGAGAUAUUCGGAUAAUUCCAAAUACAAAUAAUUAUAGUUCAAGUUAUAAAUUGUCAAACCUAAUAAAAAAUUUUUAGUGGCGAAAUUUUCGCCGGAAUAUAAAAUAAUUCAUUCUAAACGAACAUAAAAAAAGACAUUUAUUCAUGUGGAAAUUAGCAAAUCAUUCUGCAUAUAGAACAUAGGAUUAUCCGGCAGCUUAUUGCCUUUCAUUCAUAAAUGGGAAAUUUUAAACGUCAAGAAGACAAAACUUAUAAGAAUAUCGAAAUCUUCUCAUAAACGGAACAAAUGUCGAACGAGUGGACCAAUAUGCUUAUUUUGGAACAAUGUUUAACUCCACAAAUGAUUACUUCCAGAAAAUCAAAAGAAAAAAGGCUAGAGAAAAUUUUAACAAAAGAAAAGUUGGAGAUAACAGUUAGGUUGACAGGUGCUACGUUUUCCCGACUUUGUUUUAUGGAAUAGAAGCUUGGACCUUGAAUGCGGCAUCAAUGAAAAAGCUAGAAUCAUUCGAGCUGUGGGUGUACAGAAGAAUUCUGAAAAUAUCGUGGACAGAAUACGUCACAAACAAAGAGGCUUUGAGAACGGUGAAGAAAGAAAUGAAAAUCUUAAAUACAAUAAAAUUGGAAUAUCUCAGACAUAUAGGGCUUUUCAUCGAUUGUCAUUUGUUUCCAGCUUUUGUCAUGUGUCACAUUAUAUUAAUAUAUCUACGCCAUACGUCUUUGGUUUGUAUCAUUGUUAUAUACCAAUAACGUAUGACGUAGAUAUAUUAAUAUUAUGUGACACAUGACAGAAGCUCGAAACAAAUGACUGUGAAUGAAAAGCCCUAUUGUAUGUGAAGAUAGAUACAACUUGCUCCAACUGAUUAUGCAGGGAAAGGUUCCAGGAAAAAGAAGCAUAAGCAGACGUAGAAUAUCAUAGCUGUGCAACCUGAGAGAAUGAUAUAGAUGUACAUCAAAUGAACUUUUCAGAGCAGCUGUUUCGUAAGUCCGAAUAGCUAUAAAUGCUAUGAUGAUUGCUGACCUCUACACAACUAAUCAGAAGAGGGCAUAUUUGUCGUAGGAUGUAUAACAACAUUUCUGUACAACAUUAAAAUCCAGCUUGACGAUUAUUCUAGCACUGUCCGUUAUGCCUGUCCUUUACCUACCAGAACUUGUAAAAGUCAUAUUCAUUAACAAUUUAGUAAAUAGAUAAAUCAAGAAAUCUGAGGCCAAAAGGUUUAAAUAUUUUAUAUGUAAUUGUAUACAAAAAGUAGCGAAAGUAACCUCUUGUUUGCUAUGUAAAAGACUAAGAUAUUCUCAAGAAAAUAUAAACCAUUUAGAGAAUAAUUUGUUUAAACUAAAAAACAGUUAAAAUACUUUUUAAAUAAAAUCCAUAAGGAAAAAUUUCCUGUAACUGGCUGUAUACCAUUAAUUACAAAAAUUGAAGAAAAUCUUCUGUGUAAAAGGUAUAUUUAUUUAAAACCUCAAUAAAGGCCUACAUUAAAAGAUAGAACGUUUUCGCUCUAAAGAGAGCAUCGUCAGUGUCCUAAGCAAGCUCUACAUGCUAAGCCACAAAAAUACAAAGCAUGAUAUGACUAUACCACGUGUAUGUGGGUGGUUGAGUUGAUUUCUCUGUCUUCACCAUUUUUGGUGGUUUAGCAUGUAGAGCUUGCUUAGGACACUGAUGAUGCUCUCUUUAGAGCGAAAACGUUCUGUCUUUUAAUGGGGUUAAUAUUGGGGUUUUAAAUAAAUAUACCUUUUACACAGAAGAUUUUCUUCAAUUUUACUUUUUAAAUGUUAAUUUUUAAAUGUUUUUAAAUAUUUUGAUAUUGUACGUUUUAUUAUGUAAAACAAUGUCUAUUAAGUCAUCAUAAUUUAUAGUUAAGAUAUUCUAAAAAAAGUACCAUAGGUAUUGUUAUUGUAGAAUAAUUUGUUUAAGCUAAAAAACACUUGAAAUACUUUUACAUUGGAAUAUUUUGUGAUUGUUAUGCAAUUUAUUGCAAAAUCUGUAUCUAUUAACUGUAUACACAUACGUAGACUGAGCACUGUAAUCUAAAUUGGUUCCCCCUGUGCGGCAGUCGAUCGGUGGUCUAUCUAUCUCUUUUUACUAAGCGAUACCGCUCAUUUGACGGACAAAGAUGGCUAGACCACUCAAAAUGAAUAUUGACCAAUGGCGUCCUUGAUUUCGACGUUACACCUCGAUGCACAAAGCGGCCCAUAGCUAGCCUAAUCUACAGGUUAUUAUAUCUAUGAACAGUACUGAGCCAAAUUAAAAAGAUGGUGUCGUCACUUCGCUCUGAAUGACACUCUGUCUAUGAUAAUAUAUAUAAGUCUAUGUUUCCCACUGCAGCCGAUUUGACAAACCCUAAGGCCGAUGCCGCACUGCAGGAAGUUUGGUAGGAUGCUGGAUGGUAGAUACCUGCCUGGCGCCUAUCCAGCUACUUAUACCAUGAAUAACAAAACGACGGUAGCCGCAGUGGCCUCCCACUACCAUCUAACCAUCCGGUGGUUCGCCAGGCGUCUAUCCACCUAAAUCAGUCGUGUUUGAUAUUCCAUCCGGGUAGCCUGGCUAUGGAGGAAAGCGUAAUAAGUGCUGUGUAUAAAAAAGGGCAAUUUUUGGACUCAAUAGACCCACUAUGUGACGAAACAUGGCUUAAAAUAUCUGUUUUAUUUAUUCAUUGCAGUUGCAUUAAAAAAAUCCAAUAUUCAAGUCAGGUGAAUUUAAAAAACAAUUUGUAAAUACCUUCAGUCGUUUUUUCUCCACUUCUGAAAAGUGUAGUUAGUGAGUUUUACCUCUAAUAAGACGAUAUGCUAAAAAACAAAUCAAAUGUAACGUAACAAAUGAAACAAACGAUUCCUCAGCAGUCAGUUGGAUACUGACUUGUCACUCUGACUUCAUUUCAUUCUUUCACUGCGUCCAGGAUGCAGCGCCCCUCCACCAUCCACCUUUAAAAUCCACCCUCCAAGCGACCAUCUAGCAUCCUGCAGUGCGGCAUCGGCUUUAAGAAAGAUAUGCCUAUCCUAAAUACAAACAUGUUUUUCUGUCGCACUGGGUGAACAGUUUUAGAUUGCAGCGCACAAUCUGAAAUUAUAUGUCUAUGAAUUAUUUAUGGAAUACAUAACUUAUAAUAAUAAUAAUAAUAAGUUAAAACACUUUUGAAUUUUAAUGUUUUUUGAUUGUUGUAGGAUUUUAUUAUUUAUCUUAAAAUUAGGUGCAUUAUUCUAUAGACUUAAAGUCUAGUGAUGAACUGUCUUUCGAUAAGAAAUGUCUUGUUAUCUAGUUUUGACUGUAGUGAUACACCUAUUACCUAACUGUAUUUCUUAAAAUGAUUUGUCGGACAUUACUUGUAAGGAAAACAAAGUUAAUACUUAAUAUUAGAUCAAAUUUGGUCAUAAGUUAAAUUGUUAUUACCUACUAUGAUAGUUAAAAUUUUGACAUUGUCCUCGAAACUUUUUACGAAUCUAUUGUAUUGUAUUGUUCUUAUUGUACGUUUCAAUUGUCAUCUCUACAAUUAAUUUUAAGGCUGAAAACUGGUUGUUUGUGAUUUGGUACAUAUAAAACGAAGGUAUUGUGAUAAAAGUAUGAAUCAGCUAUUUUUAUAAAUAUAUUAUGUAAUAUUUAAAUAAUAACGGUAUACCUUUAUGUCAUACCGGUAUAAAAUAAUAUGUUAUUUGUAAAUUAUACCUAAUAAGUUCAUUUUUUAAAUAAAUAUAUUAUUGUUGUUUUG